AGUUGAAUGUGUAACGAGAAUGUUGUUGUUUACGCGCAACUCCAACUUUAAGCGCGCGUUUAGCUAUUUUACGCUUGGCUUGGCGCUGCUGGUGGCGUCCGCGAGUGCGCAGGGCCGACGUGAUCAGUUCAUCAUACGCGUCGCAGAUUUGCCCAGCGAUCUGAACACUGGGUCGGAGGGUGAAGCGCGAGCGGACAAUGGCUUCAAUUUAAAUUUUGGCGAUCUCUCCUCGAAUGUUGCAACAACGGGUUUGGGUGGUUCCGCGAGUGGCGCUGAUCAGACAGAGUUGCAAGCACCUGAUGUGGUGGUAGACGGGUUAAACUUGGCGCAGCGCAAUGAUUUGAUAGCAGCUGCCGGUAAUGCGCAGGCGCCUGGACCACAGCAACGUAGUCGGCUGAAUUUUAAUAGCGGUCUGCGGCGGCGUUAAAUUGGUGGUAUAGAAAACGAUAGAAAAAUAUACAUACAUAAGUGUGAGAAAACUUAUAAAUAUUCACUUUGCAGCCACUCUACCGAAUCUAUUGCAUUGUUCUUUUUUCGUUUUGUAAAUCUUGUGCAGUUUAGUGAUUAUGAGCGUGAAAUUUAAUGCAGAUAUUUGUUAUGCAUUGCAAAUUAAACUGUGCUUGAACAUUUGUGAUUAUAUUAAAAUAAAUUUUUUAUGAGUAUGCGGUUAA